GUAACUCUAUGCAUCUGUUCCAGGAACUGAGAACUGUGAGAUUUCCGUGCCCUGUUGCCCACAGGAGAUUUAAAUACUGUUCUGAGACUGUGCUUCACGUAAACAACCCCCAGUAUCACUGUGUCAUGAAAUCCUUUAGUAUGAGCCAAAAACCCCUUCUGACUUUUGCAUGAAUCAUUCUGUUAGCUCCAAGUGACACUGACUGUUCAUUUGAUCCCAGCCAGAACCUUAUCCCUGUUUCUCCUGUGGGAGCAACAAAACUUUUGAAUUCUCCUGUAACCAUGCCAGAAAUGACAAGUGAAGAAGUGACAUAUGCAGACCUGAGGUUCAUAACACUGGAAAAAUCCCAGGACCAGGAGCUCCAGACUGCCAGAGCAAAAGGUAGUGGUGGUGUUGGGGGGCAGUUCUCUCCAAGGCAAACUCUCACCUUGGAGAACAUUCUUUAUGUGACACUCAGAGGAGGAUGAAGCAUCUUGGCUUCUGGGAGCCCUUUGUACUCAAAUCUUCUAAGAAAUCAGAGGGAGAAAAGAAAAAAGGCAGGAGGUGAAAAAGAAUGGAAGGAUGGAGAAUGUGGAAAAACUGUUUAGAUUUGAGAGGAGAGAUAUAAUUAAGGUUGUGGGAUGCAGUUACGUAAAAACAAACAUCUUCCAAUAGAUGUUAAGUCUCAGCUCCUGGAACUUAGUGAAGUAAUCUGCCUAAGGGGCCUUGCAAAAGUCUUUCGGCUUUACUUAUUUAAAUCUGACUAACGGAAUGAAGUAAAUGCCAGGGGAAAAAAAAACAUUUUCUCUCAAGGGAAGGAAUAGAUGGACAAAUACCUUUUUGUACUUAAAAAUCAUAAAAAUUAUGCUACAUAGCUUCACAGAGGAAGGGAGGAAUGUGGCUGAUCCCAAAUUUAUAUUUUUUAUGCGAUGCAUUAGUGCUUUAGAAUCCUUCUGUAUGAAAGGUAGUAGCAAAGCAAAGAGAUGUUAUGUUCCAGCCUGACUGAACAUCUGGAGAUGAAUUUGAUAAAGUUGAUGAUAAUCUAAUAUAUUAAAGAGCUCUUUCUGAAGGAAAUUUCCCCUUAUUAGCUAGCCAGUGUUUGCCUCAUUUUCACCUUUUGAGGGGUCCUUGAGUUUUAUACUUGGAGCCUGAAGCUGAACUCACAGUAAUCUAGUAGAGUUCUUAACUGUUUGGUUAGAGUUAGGGAUCACAGGGAUAAAAGGCAGAAAUACCACAGGCUGGUAUGCCAGUUAUUUCUAUUAGUGCCUUCAACAUAAGUAUUGCCACAGAAAUGUCAUACUGGAGUCUAAUAAAAGAACAUAAAACUCUCAAAUUGGAAGCAAUCCUUUCCUCUGUGUUUUGGGGCUCUGUGUGAGUUCACGCGGGUGUUUGCAUCUGCCCACAUUGCAAGAAUGGAUGUGUGCAUUUCCAAGUGUGAGACUGUGUUUCUGUGUGACUGCGGGUAUAUGGUCUUAUUCACCUCUGUAUGCCCUAAUUUUAGAUUAUUUUACAGGGACCUGGCUUUCAUUGGUGACUGUUUCCGAGGUUAUUUUCUGAAAAGGCAAAUUCAUUCCCAGUUUGGCAGGUUAGGCACUCAAAAGUAAAAAUACCCCAAUACCUGGUUGCAUAUGAAAAUUUCAGCCAUGUUGUAAGCACAAAUACUUCCUAGAUGUUCUUUUCUCACAUAUGAAAUUCUGUGCUGUUCAGCUUUAUUUGUCCAAUUCGUUUUCUUUUAAAAGCUCCCAGCUAAGCUGGUCUCCAUGGUCUGCUCCCUUCCCAGCCCCCAACUCCUAAGGAGAACUGGCCACAGCCAAACGAUGGGACAAUUUUCAUAAUGUAAUACCAUGUACCAGUCUGAAACUCAGCAAUUCACUGGGCGGACUACUGGUCAUGUUGUCUUGUGCAACGUAGGAGCUGCAGGUACAAAGAUGAGAGGUUCCUGUUCUUGCUGCUUUUCCUUCUUUUUGUCUAUCUCAGAUUCCCCCAGUCCAUCUCCCUGUUGGAGGCUGGCUACAGCGGCGCUUGGGGUCUUCUGCCUAAGUUCAGUGGUAGCUGCAGGAGUCUUGGCUACCAGGUUCAUCCUGGUCUGCCACCUUGUGCAUGAAAGGGAUGAAAACUUCACCCUGCAAAAGGCAAUUAUGGAAAGCCUCAACCAGCAGCUGGAGCUCCUCCAGGCUCAGAAUUUGAACUUGACAGAGACUGUAAAGCAACUUGCCACCUCCAGAGGACAUAAAUGUAUUCCUUGUCCUGAGAACUGGCUACAGUAUGGGGAGAACUGCUACCACUUUUCAAAGGAAUGGAAAACUUGGCAAGAAAGCAAGGCUCAAUGCUCUACUCUGGAGUCCAGGCUUCUUAAGAUAGAGAGUAAGGAAGAGCUGGACUUCACAAUGCGAUCAGCACAGUCUUACAGUUCUUACUCUUUCUGGAUUGGGCUGUCCCACAAUGGAUCUGAGGGGCCCUGGCUGUGGGAGGAUGGAUCAGCUUUCUCCCCUGAUCUGUUUCAGAUCCAACGAGCCAGCUCAAGUCCUCUCCUAGAUUGUGCGUGGCUUCAAGGUGCAAAUAUAGACACUGCACGGUGUGGCGAGUACAAAUUUUACAUUUGUGAGAAAGUGGUGGAUCCUGCGGUGGUCGAGAAAGUGAGCUACUCAGACAGGCACUAGUGUGCAGAGCUCUGCAGAGACCCCCGUCCUGGGAUACGCCAUUGUGGGGGCGAGUUCUGCCCCAGGGUUUGCAAUAGGGAAAACAAGUCUGAGCUUAGGUUAAUGUAACAUCAGGGAUAAUCUAAGCUUAACUUGCCCGCUGGUGAUGCACAUCAGCCAGACUCCUUCUUGGGCUUUUUCUUCAACAAUUUCAUGCCCUCUUUCUUCUUUCAGUCCUUGCAUUCUUGUGUAACCACUUCUAUCCACUUCUCAUAAAUUCCUUUCUAAAUGAACCAUAAUUAAGUAUAUGAUUCCAGAACUCUAUUUUAAAGAUUAAUACCUGUCUCCCAGAAACAGGAAUCAAUGACCGUUUGUAAGAACAACACAUCAUGUUUUCAAAAUCCAUCCACUGGGUAUUCACAGAUGUGAGCUCCCAAUUUACAAUAAAUUUCCAAAUAUUUUAUUUAAUUUCACUCCUCACAUACUGAUAACUAGAAAGUACAGCAGAAUCAGAGCCUGCAUUAAAAGACAAAUAAAAAUAUUUAUAGUUCUUCUGGUUAGAGAGAAAAGCUUUCAAAUGCGAUUGUAUGCCCUAUGGGCUCAAAAAACAGAAGGCAAAGAUGGAACACAUAUUUAUUGAGGAAAAUCAGCAGUAUUUAAUGCCCAGGAAUGCCAGUCCAGCUGCUAGUGGAUUGUUCUGCUGCAUCGAGUGUUAGAGGGGAAGGUGCAUUCCUCUAAGAUAUCUGUCUUGAUAAUUAUCCAUGUCACAUCUGAUCCGAUUCUUUGAUUUCUCAAAUCCAUUUUCCAUUCUGUUGCAGAAUUUCACAACGAAUAAAUAUUGCUGCUACUGACCUUUUCUGUAGUGUGUCUUUUUAGUAAGUCACUGUGCACAGUAGGCUCAACAACUGUCAAGUACAGGGCCUUUAAUGAUGCAAAGCCUCCUGCCGCUUUGCUGCUGUUUAGGAGGCUGUUCAAAGAGAAGGCUGCAUCAAAGAGAGCAUCUCUUUUCUACGGCACUAGCAAACAAUAGAGAUCUUUGAAAUCUCUCAGGAGCAGUCACGUUUAUCUUUAGGACUUUUGUUCCUGUGUGUAUAUGUACUAAUUUGAGCCAUUCAAUGAAAACUGAACUGUAAGUCAGGGAAGGUGGAGGUAUUUAGGCAAGCCUCUAAUUAUGUUUAUUUCAGACAUAAAGCCGUGCAUCAGAAGUCUGCAGUAGCAACAGCCAACAAGUGUGCUGCAUCCCUCACUAAAUGAGUGUUUAGCAAUAUGGCAAUUAUCUUAAUUAUGGAUAUGAAGAAGUAAUUUGGAGGAGCAGGGACAACAGAGAGCGUCUUGCCACACAGCUAUCUCCUAGUCUGGAAAUACUGCAUUUUCUAAGUCUAAGCACGGGGCCUCAGCAGCCGCGGAGAUACUACCUGGGAUCCCAGUUCUGACUGAUCUACAGUGGAUGCAGGUACGAUGCGAACGAUGGGAGGGGUAACCCACCCAGAGCUGUUGUUCUAACACACGCAGGACAUGGUGGGACGCCCUGUCUUAUAACCCUUGAUAAUACAAGAAGGUCUUAAAGAUCACACCAUGAGGAAGCGGGAGAGCCCUCACUGAGGGACUGGUAUGAGGAGGAGCCGGUGAAGAGCUGAAGCAGUGAGUGAACCUGAUGUGAGGGAACUGGUGUGAUGGGCAUGGGGUCGGCGGACCAGUGAGGGGAGCAAUGGUUGAUCAUAGGGGCCUGGCUGAGGGAAAAGUGUUGCAUGCAAAAAGCCCUGGUAUUAUGGACUGGGAGCGAAAUGCUGAAGAAAAUGAAGGAAGGAAAUGUUGAAUGAAAGUCUGCUGUUCUGUACUGCAUUUGGGAGAAGAAUCCAUUAGCCUGUCUUGUCCCCCUGUCCAAGACAUGAAGCACUGGUCCCUGUGCCUGGCUGCUGAAUACACAAGCUCAGGAACUUAUAAAACAAGGGGUAAGUUCCUAGUCCUCAUUGCUGUCUGGAUUUUUUCAUUUUAUACCAUGUCUUCAUGCCUCAAUGACUUGUAAUUAGAACCUCUACAUGAUGAGCCAAGUUGCACUGAAUAGAAGAGCACAUGGCAUCCAGUAAUUGCCCUGAGAUGUGCAGUGUACAAUGUGUUACUGUGUUUGAGUAAAACCUAACCCUGAAUUUCCUUGAUAUGUAGCGUAAAUCAGUUCUUGUAUUUUGGCUUACACCAGAAGAGAAAAAUUUAGCCUUAUAUGUAAGACCAUCACUUAAGUCACAACACAAUAGUUAUUAAAACAGAGGUCAUAUCUUUUGUUAUAUGAGGUUAAAAUGUUCAGGACUUUAAAGCAAUUCAGAACUAAGCAAUUUCAUGCACCUAUCUUCUGCACUUUACUCUUUCCCGUAGCCACCUACACACAUGGGACUAUCUUCUAAAUCACUCUGUGCAUUCUUCAUGCAAUUCUUCUUAACUCCCUUUGAAAUGUCCUCCUCAGAAAUCUUUCUCAGAUUGCCCAGGGUCCAUUAAAGUAGUUGGUUCACAGAAGUCUGUUCUGUGCUGCUGAGUAAAGGGAAUAUUCUCAGUAAGCAAUGAGUUAGAGAAACAGUCUUUCCACUUAGCUUUGCAAGUCAUGCUAACCAUUGCAUUUUGCACAGGUACCUGUGAAGUCUGGUCCUUCAAAAUUACCGCAACUUCAAUGUUAAUUUGUCUUAAGAAUGAUGUCGUCUCUGCUGUCAUUUGGCUGCAGAAAGCAUUUAAAACUGACAAAGUUCAAAACCCAUCAUGCAAUCAUAGCUUUAAUUGAAUGAACUGAGUCAUUCAAGUCAUACAAUGCUCAUAGGCAGAUCUUUAGCUUUUGUUGCACACUGAAAAAGACAAAGGGUGAAAAUAUUUUUUUGACACCCACCACUAGAUAGUAAUUAGUUGUUGUCGGUUGUUGCCAUAAGGUUUUAUUAGCGCAGCCAGUUCUGUAUUCUUGAUGUUAUGUUGUUCACAGUGAUAAAAAAAUCUUGAGUCUAUGAUUAGCCUUUUCAGUUCAAUACGGUGUCCAUUAAAAUCAGCAUAUAAGCACUGUAUCCAUGCCACAUUGUUACAAAACAAGCCUUCAGCUCACAAGCCACUC